CUGCAAAACUUGGUUGAUAACUUUGACUACAACAAAGACUUAAUUCGUCAAAUUAGGUUAAAGAACUUUCAAGUGAAUAUUACCGGUAAAGAAGACCUUGAUUUGAUUGACCCACGCUGUUUCCAAAAAUAAAACACUUCUUUUUUCUUGAUACGCGGCACGAAUGCAUAAUGAAAACUAGCUCUCAUACUGAGUUUUAAAUUAAUUAAAGAAAGCAAAUCUUCGAACACGUAGCAUUAUUCAGUUUUUUUAUUCUGUCAUGACUUGUUCUCAUAUUCAAAACGCUCCACUUAAUCUACCCACUGCAUAUACCCAAGUGCAUAAAGAAGAAUGUACCCAGUGCUUUGACGAUCAGGAUGGACCCAACGGUAUUGAUGUCUGCUUGACAUGUUUCAAUGGUGGCUGUGUUUCUGAAGAAAGACAUCACGCUUUAACGCAUCACCAGCUAUCAGGACAUCCUCUCGCUGUUAACAUUCGUCGAAUCAUUGUCAAUCAAAGUAAGCGAUCAGAGGAUGGAAUUCCCCCACAGAAAAUAAGCAAGCUUGCCAUCGAUCCUUCGGCAGAAGAACCUCUGUAUGAGUUCCAAAAAAUGCUACGUUGCUAUGCAUGUGAUGGACAAGAAGCUUCUGUCGAGAGUACACCAGAGGUAAAAGCUGCUGUAGAUGCUGUUCUCUCUGCUUUAUCCUCUGCCAAGCAGUCUGAAGUAAAAGCUUGGGAGGAGGUGAUCACACCAUGCGAGCACACACUCUGUCUUUCUCAAGAAGCGCCUAAAAGAUUAGAGCAGCAAGAUCUUGCACAUUGUGCUGGUUGUGACCUGAAGGAAAACUUGUGGUUAUGCUUGGUGUGUGGUAAGUUGGGUUGUGGAAGAAAACAAUAUGAUGGCUCGGGAGGAAACAAUCAUGCCAUUGAACACUUUCAGCAGACUGGACACGCUGUUAAUGUUAAAAUGGGCACCAUCACGCCUGAAGGAACUGCAGAUAUCUAUUGUUAUAGUUGUGAUGAUUCCAGGCUAGAUCACGACCUUGCUACGCACCUUGCUAAUUGGGGAAUUAAUGUAUCAGAUCAGCUAAAGACAGAAAAGAGCAUGACUGAAUUGACAUUGGAGCAAAAUUUAAAGUUCGACUUUAGCAUGACUACAGAAGAUGGUAAACAGCUUGAACCAAAGUUUGGCCCGGGUUAUACUGGACUUAAGAACUUAGGAAACAGCUGUUAUAUGGCUUCUGUUCUUCAGUCUAUUUUUAAUAUUGAAAGUUUCCAAGAUAGAUACAGCAGCCAACUCAAAGACCACGCCAAAACAUGCACAAAUGAUCCUGCCAAUUGCUGGCACUGUCAACUUCACAAGUUAGCUGAUGGUAUAUUAUCAGGCAGAUACUCUCAGCCAAAGACCACUGAUGACAAUGUGCAAUACCAGGACGGUAUUGCCCCUAGAAUGUUUAAAGACCUUGUUGGCAAAGGACAUGAGGAAUUCUCAACCAUGCGUCAACAGGACGCGUUUGAAUUCUUUCAAUAUCUUUGUAAAACUGUCCGACAAAAGGAGCAUUCAUCCAACAAUGACCCCACGAAGCUAUUUGAUUUUAUGGUCGAACAGCGACUUCAAUGUGGCAAAUGCAAAAAGGUUAGAUACCAAAAGCAUGAAACUAGCAGCAUUUCUGUAAAUGUACCUGCUCGUAAACUGAAGGAAGGUGAUGAUGAAGGAUCUUCAACCUAUGAACCAGUGGAUUUUUACGAGUGUUUGGAUACGUUUAUUAGCGAAGAACCUGUUGAAGGAUACGACUGUCCUAACUGUAAGGAAAAAACAACAGCCUACAGGUCAAACAAAUUCAGCACGUUUCCUGAAAUAUUGGUUAUUAAUCCUCGUCGAUUUGCUUUUAUCAAUUGGGUUCCUCAAAAACUUCCUGUAACCAUCACAUUCCCUGAAGGGCUCAUUCAGUUAGAUAAGUAUAUAGGGACUGGUCAGCAACCAGGAGAGGAAUUACUCCCUGAAGAAAGCAAGCCAAAUACAGGGGGUAUCACUUUUAACCAGAACGACAUUGAUCAGCUUAUGGCAAUGGGUUUUUCAGAAAACCGCUGUAAACGUGCUUUGAUGAACACUGGUCAUAAUGGCGCGGAGGUUGCCAUGAACUGGAUGUUUGAGCAUAUGGAAGACCCAGAUAUUGAUGAUCCAUUGCCCACAGAUGAUAAUCAAGCCGACAACAACCCUUCAGACGAACAGACUGCUAUGCUGCAAGACAUGGGCUUCACUGCUGCUCAAGCCAGAAAGGCUUUGAGAGAAACUGGAAAUGAUACAGAAAGAGCGCUUGACUGGUUAUUUAGUCAUCCGGAUGAUAGUGGUCAAGAUGAACCAAACACUUCAGCUCAAGAGGCUGGCGACUCUACGCCACCAUUUAAUUAUCAGCUAGACUCUUUUGUAUCCCACAAGGGCACUUCAGUCCACUGUGGUCAUUAUGUAUCCCAUGUAUACAAGCAUAACGAGUGGAUUUUAUUCAACGAUAACAAAGUUGCUGUUACGCCUAAUCCACCUGUUGGAGAGGCCUACUUAUACUUUCUACGACGACAGAAAUAAUCUACAGCUGGUAUAUACAUUUAUAAAAUCAAA